GGCGCGGGAGCAAGGCUCCCGCGGCGCUGUCAAGGAGCUCGAAGCGGAGGGUGCUCGGGACGGGGAGACCCGGCCGCCGGGCCGCGGGCGCCUCAGCGAUGUUUUACUCAGGACUCCUCACCGAGGGCGGCCGCAAGGAGACCGACAUGCGGGAAGCGGCGUCCCUGCGACAGCAGCGCCGGAUGAAGCAGGCGGUGCAGUUCAUCCACAAGGACUCCGCCGACCUGCUGCCCCUGGACGGCCUCAAAAAGCUGGGCUCGUCCAAGGACACGCAACCUCAUAACAUUCUGCAGCGGCGCCUCAUGGAAACCAACCUGUCUAAGCUCCGGAGCAGUCGUGUCCCCUGGGCCUCCAAGACCAACAAAUUCAAUCAGGCAAAAUCUGAAGGGCUAAAGAAGUGUGAAGAUGAUGACAUGAUUUUAGUGUCUUGCCAGUGUGCUGGAAAGGACGUGAAAGCUUUGGUCGACACCGGUUGUCAGUAUAAUCUCAUCUCUUCAGCCUGUGUGGACAGAUUGGGACUAAAGGACCAUGUCAAAUCUCACAAGCAUGAAGGAGAAAAGCUUUCUCUACCACGGCAUCUCAAAGUAGUCGGCCAGAUUGAGCACCUACUGAUUACAGUGGGCUCUCUCCGUCUGGAUUGCCCAGCAGCUGUUGUUGAUGAUAAUGAAAAAAACUUGUCGCUUGGUCUUCAGACUCUUAGAUCCCUGAAGUGUAUCAUAAAUUUGGACAAGCACCGGCUGAUCGUUGGGAAGACAGAAAAAGAAGAAAUCCCUUUUGUGGAGACAGUUUCUUUGAAUGAAGACAACACGUCAGAAGCAUAAUUGCAGUGGAGCGUGUCUGCAUGUGCACACACACCAGGUUGACAGACUGAGAAAACCGGGUUUGAACUAAAUGCAGUAGCAACUUGCUCUGGACCAAGUCCUUCCCUCCAGUACACCCUGCAGGGGCUUCUUCCCACUCAGACCUUUCUAGACUAUAGUCUGUGCUUAGAGAUCUUGUCUGGUUAAUGGCUUAAUGGUUAAAUAGCCAUUGAUUUUUUUUUACUUCUUUGAAUAUUUAAUUUAUAGACCCUUUUGACACUGCCAGGUCUCGUUUGUGGCUUAUUUCUCUGCUUAUUCCAAGAAUUUUCUUUUUAUUGGUCCAGUGUAGGGGCUGCCAGGUUCUAUUUCUCCACAGAUAACACUUAAUUUUUAAAUAGUAAAAUAUAUAGUAAAUAGGAACCUCUUUUUAGCUGUUUCAAAGAGAUAUAGAAACAUGUCUUGAAGUUAUUAGAGUCUCUUCUAAUGAAGUAAUUGAUUUUUCCAAUGUGAACUGAUAGAUGUCUCAGAGAGGUCAUCUAGUCCAGACAAUCCAGUUAAACGCACAGACAGGCAAGUGAAUUGUCUAAACUUACAUAUUAAGUCAGUAGCAGAAGACAGCCAGAAUCCAGCCUCACAUCCAAACCAAGGCUCUUGUGUUGCUUCACUUUUCCCCGAGCCUUAAGAGGAAGGCAGCAAGGAUAGAGUGCAAAACAGAGGGUACUGAUGUGGUUAGUGGUGGAGUGCUUGUCUAAUGCACACAAGGUCCUAGGCUCAAUUGCCAGCACUAGAGGUAGAGACAGAUGGCUUGGUGACUAAGAGUGCUUGCUGUGCAAGCAUGAAGACUGCCAUUUGGAUCCCAGUACCCAAACAAAAGUUGGGCACAGCCCUACACACCCCUGUGAUCCCAGAACUGAGGGUGUUGAAGACAGGAUAACUGUUGGGACUUUCUAGCUUUUGGUCUAGCCAAGAGAGGGAGAGAAAGAGGGAGAGGGAGAGAUUUCUCCAGAGACCCUGCCUCAAAGGAACAAAGUAGAGAGUGACAGAGAAAUAGAGGCCACCCAACAUGUUCCUCUGGCCUCUGUGAGCGUGCACAGGUGCACAGCUCCACAUACACUCCUACAAAUCCCUACAUGUACCCUCUCAUAGACAUACAUCACAGAAGAUAAUGAGAUGGGGGAUAAAACACAGGCUGCAAAGAUGAAACUGUCUCUCACAGUGAACUUAACAAGAGAAAAAAGAAACCAUGUAUAGGAAGGAAUAUUAGCUCCAGACAUGCUAUAGAUGAUCUAAUUGUCACUAUGAGAUAUUGAUUACCCCUAAGAACCAGCUAGAAUUUCUGUCUAUUUUGUUUCAUAUCAAAAAGAUUCAAGUAUCUGGAAAGAGGGGUAGAAAGGAAAAAUAAAAGUCAAGUAGGGCCAGAGUAGAAGGGAGGAGACUGAGUACACUCAGUCAGUGGGAGAGCCUACCUGGGAAGCUCCCUGGGAUUGAAAUAAGGAGUGAAUCAUCCAGGCAGGGAAUUGAAGAUUGGGAAACCUCUCAGUACAAGUCAGUGUUAUGAACCAUUAAGAGCUGGGUGUGGCACAGGCCUUCAAUCCCAGCACUCAGGAAACAGAGUAUGACACCAGCCUGGUCUACAAAGUGAGUUCCAGGCCAGUCAGAAAUACACAAUCUCAAAAGACAAAUAAACAAAAUAAAACAGAACAAUCGUUAUAACUGCCCAGGAUUUCCUGACCCAUCUCAGUGGUUUGGGGAAAUCACAGGGAGGACAUUAUUGUUUUUUUGGUUUUGCUAGUGUGUUAUCUCAGGCAUAGAGAUACCUAUAAUGGAAUCUCCCCUUCAGUUCAGUUAUAGAAGUAUUUGGCUAGUCAGAAAACUAUCCAACUGUGAGUAUCCCUUCAAGAUAUUCCUAAGUCUACCCUUGGCUCACAGCAGUUGGCUAGUGUCCCAGCCAUCAGCCUGCCUAUGAGAGACCAAUGUGCCCUUUCACUGAGGCCUCCCUGCUCUUGUGUUCAUCACAGCACCACACGGCCUGCUUCUCAUAGGCCAGGGCUGGAAGAUGUCACCCCCCUCCCCAUUUCCCUACUUGAGACUUCUACCCCAAGCCCAGACUCUUGGCUGCAAGGGAAGCAUACUGCAGGCUCCUUCUAGUGUCUCCUUAUUUGAAUUUCUUGCGAUCAGCAGUUCUCAGGUUCUUGAAAGAUGCAUUUGAUCCUGGCUCUUUUGAGUUCAGCACUGUGUGGCACUAGGAUGAUUAGAUGGCUUUUAGUGUUCUUUCUGGUCUGUGAAAGUCAGUCAGUGUUUUUUUAAUUUGAAAAUAGAAAUAACUGGGGUGAAAUGGACUCCAUGUCAUAGUUUGCUCAGCUCAUUCAAAUCAUCUGAAGUUUUUAGCCAAUUAUUUUAAUUCCCAGGAGCAAUACAGACACCCAAAAUACUUGAAGAUAAUUAUAAGAAAUCUUGAGGUUCAUUAAUGCUUAUUUUGUUUUUUUUGAGACAGGAUCUCAUUUUGUAGCCUUGGCUGGCCUGGAACUCAGUAUGUAGGUGAGGCUGGCUUCAAACUCAUAGAAAUCUGCCUGUCUCUGCCUCCUAUCAUUCAUGCUUUUUAAAUGCUGUCAAAUUAGUUACUCUUGUAGCUUCUGUCUCCCAAGUAUUCAUAAAAGGAUACUGGCUCUGCUUUGGGGAGCUAGCAAAGUAAGAAGACAAAUAAGUUUUUCUUAGUCAGAAAUGUAGUGUUUCUAAGGGUGUAAGAAAGCGUCCAUCACAUCAGUCUGUGGGAAAUAGUAGCUGACCUGUCUCAUUCCUUCAUAGAUGUCACAUCCAGGAAGCUGAAGGAGGAAUAUUUUCUGCCUUUCCUUGUUCCUUGCUCUGCACACAGCCCACUAGUAUGGUUUUCUGUUCCCUGUCUCAGAGCAUCUAUAGAUGGGAUUACCUAGCUACCUUUGCUCUUGUGUAGUACAAAUACCUUUUCAGGCUGGGGACAUGGAGGAGAUGAACUGGAUUCCUCCUUCUGUUGCCAGGUCUCUCUGCAUUAGCACUUUAUCUGCUCAGUGUUUCUGGCUGUACUGGGCUUCUUUGUGACACUGAUAUAUCAAUAAACUGGAACCUUUCCCUCUG